AUGUCGGGAUUACAGCCGAGUAACCAAAAGAGUACGAUAUUCUUUUGUAAUGUCAAUGGCCAUGUAAAAAAUGCUAUUUUGGAGCUUAUGCCUUUUGUCGAAGAGCACAGUUGUCAUAACCUUGAGAAGUAUAUGAGGAAAUUCCUUUGGAAUGCGGGGACUCAGGGUAGGGCGAAAGCGAAAGUGGCUUGGGUGGAUGUUUGUUUGCCUAAGACGGAGGGUGGUCUUGGUAUUCGGAGCAUUUCGGACGUCAACAAGGCUCUAAUGACCAGCCAUAUUUGGAGCAUUGUCACUCGAAGGAAGUCCCUGUGGGUGGAUUGGAUAUAUGAUUAUAAGUUGAAAGACCGUAGUUUUUGGGAUAUCCAACCCCGUGGGAGUAUUAGCUGGGGAUGGCGGAAAAUAUUGGCCAUUCGAGACAUUGUCCGUCCGUUUAUUUGGAAGGAGGUUAGGAGUGGGCUCCAAACGAAUGUGUGGACCGAUAAUUGGUGUCACCUUAGUCCCCUUAGCCCUUUUAUAACUCCUAGACGCAUUGCUCAGGCGGGGUUUUCCAUGUCAGCUUCUGUAGCGGAUCUGAUUGAUGUUAAUGGGCAAUGGAAGUGGCCGAUAGCGUGGUAUGAUCUUUAUCCGGUUUUAAUCGAUUUGGAUGUUCCCCAAUUGAGCCAUAAUAUGCAAGACCGUAUAGUUUGGAAGGAUUUGGAGGUAUGGCAGAAUAUUAAGCUGAUGGUAUCUUUGGAUCAGGUUGAUGAUACUUGGCAAUCCAUUAUGGAUUGGAUGUUUCGUCAUGCUUCGUCGAAGAAGGUGGAGCAUAUUGUUAGCAAGUUGGUCAUUGCGGCGACUACUUACUUUAUAUGGCUUGAGAGGAACAACUGUUUGUUUUCAAAUGAUCGGGCUAAAGUUGAAUCCGUGGUUGGGAGAAUCAAGAGAACGGUUAGGCUACGACUUAUGGGGUUCGACUUUAAAGGUGAUGCCAAAGUCGACAGGAUGUUAAGGAAUUGGGAAAUCGCUGCAAGUGAACAGGAGGAAGACCCGGGUUAG